GGGGAAGCCGACAAGCUCAGACCUAAGGAGAGGCUUGGAGAGAGCGGACGCCUUCUGGACUCCAGAGGACGAGGCCUUUCAGAAAAAUGGAUAGGAGAAAUGACUGCCGUUAUAAGAUGCGCCCAUUCCAGGUGAGGCCUCUCUGCAUUCUCACCAGCCCACCUGCCCAGUACUGAGUUCAUUUACUGAUCUUGAGCCCCCUGCCACUCUGUAGUUGAAGAAUUUCCUGCCUAACUUGUCUCAGUCCUCCCCUGCAAGGUGAAGGAGGAGGAGAGGAAAACCUGCCUGACUUUAGCUCCUGCUCCCUACCUCUUCCCUUAUCCUCCCUUCAAUCACUGCUCAGAGGAAGGGCAGGCCUUCGUGGAAAGGGUGGGCUGUAGGGAGGCCAGAUGGCUAGCAGACCAUAAUCCUAAGUGUGUAGGGCCCUCUGCUUCCCCCUGGGAACCUGGGGCUUCACUUCCCUCAGAUAUACAGACUGAGACCACAGAAGAGAACAGUGUCUUGCUGAUGCAUACCCACCAGUUGCCAACCGGCCUAAGGAAAGCAAGACCAAGAAGGCCCCUAUUAAGGCUAUUACUAAGGCCAUACCUUCUGCCCCCACAGUCUCCUCUGCCAAUGUGAUUGCCACUAACAAGCCUAAAGUAACUUUGAAGGCUUUAAACCUGCCUAUCAUCCCCCAGAUCAACCAGGCUUCAGCUACCACUGAAGCAGCCAAUACUCAGGCUUCUUCAGUCACCGCUCAGCCUAAGAAAGCCAAUAAGGCAAAAAAAAGUUACUGCUAAGGCAGCCCAAGGUUCCAGUAUCCAACUGGCAAGGAGAGCAUCACUACAGUGAUCAAGUCAUCCUUGCAGGCCCUAAACCUACCAGACAUCCUGCAGGCUAUUCAGGCUCCAGUUACCAGUGGGUCAGCCUCCUCCCAGGCCUUGAUAGCCCCCACUAAGCCUAAGAAAGUUUCCAAAGCUAAGAAGGCUGCCAAUAAGGCCAUAACUAGUGCUAUUGAUAUCUCAUUGGGUGCAACCACUACCCACACAGCUACCACCCAAGGCCAAAUUACUAAUGAGGCAGCCACUACCCAUGCCACAGCAGCCUUCAUCAGAACUAAUAAAGCCUCCAAAGCCAAGAAGGCAACUGUUAAGGGCAUAAAUACUGACACUGAACUCCUAGAGACCCCAAAUGCUGAGACAGCUAGCAGGCAGAAUGAGGCCUCAGGAGUAGCUAACUGGCCCAAAAAAUUCGAGGUCAAGAAGGCUGCCAAUAAAGGCCCAAAUUCUGCCUAUGAUAUCUCUGAGUCUCUACCUGCUGCUCAAAAGUCACAAACCUAGCCCUAGCAGCUGCCAUUCAGGUCAAGAGAGGGUCCAGGAUUCAUAAGUCUGCCACUAAGGCCCAGGCAGCUGAAAGCCAGACUAAAAUUGUUGACCAAGGGGCCCAGACCAAGAUGGCCACCUUUAAGACCAGCAUAAGUGCCCUUGAGACUCAGGUUGCUGCUGCUAUCCAGGCCCUGGCAGAUGACUACCUGGCCCAGUUGAGUCUGGAGCCUACAACCAGGACCCGGGGCAAGACGAACCGAAAGUCAAAGCAUCUGAAUGGGGAUGAGAGAGGUAGCAGUAAUUACAGUUUGAUCUCAUGGGGCUGGAGGCCUCCACCACCCUGAGACAUGGCCAUUUUGCAAGAAAGGGCAAAUAAGUUGGUGAAAUACCUGUUGGUUAAGGACCAGACAAAGAUCCCCAUCAAGCGCUCAGGACCAAGGACACACCCAAACUAGGUCUUCUCAUGGUGAUUCUGAGUGUCAUUUUUAUGAAUGGCAACAAGGCCAGUGAGGCUGUCAUCUGGGAGGUGCUGCGCAAGUUGGGCUGCGCCCUGGGUAUGAUUGGGCUCUCUCAGUGCUUGCUGUCCGUGUUGUCAUUUGGAAAGAGAGGAUGGCCCCAGGAUUGCAUCAGCUUGGUGGUCUGGUGGAAUGGGCGGGGGUGCUGGGCUGGGUAGAGGGUCCAGGGUUCUGACCUGGGUGGAUGGGGAAAUGGUCCUGUACUCUCUGCAUCUUCCCACCCUUAUGUCAUUCUAAGCUGAUAUAGAAGAUAUAACUUCAGGGGCAUCCUUGACAAGAACCACCUAGCCUCAACUUAACGCUUCUAGUGACCAUGUGUUCACUACUUUCCUGGCUUCAUUGGGAUGGCUGCAUGUGCUAGAGAGGUCUCUUUCAUGUUGAGAAAUGCCUCUUCCCUCAUCUAAGAAGUUUUUAUCUCUGUUUAUGGGUUAUUUUUCCCAUUGUCAGGGUGAGGCUCUCGCUCUUUGGGGAAGUAAGGAGGCUCAUCACAGACGAGUUUGUGAAGCAGAAGUACCUGGAGUACAAGAGGGUCCCUAACAGCAGACCACCUGAAUAUGAAUUCUUCUGGGGUUUGCGCUCCUACCAUGAGACUAGCAAGAUGAAAGUCCUCAAGUUUGCAUGCAAGGUGCAAAAGAAAGACCGCAAGGAGUGGGCUGCUCAGUACCAGAAGGCAGUGGAGAUGGAAGUCCAAGCUGCAGCUGUGGCUGCGGCUGAGGCUGAGGCAAGGGCUGAGGCAAGAGCCCAAAUGGGGAUUGGAGAGGAAGCUGUGGCUGGGCCCUGGAAUUGGGAUGACAUGGAUAUCGACUGCCUAACAAGGGAAGAGUUAGGCGAUGAUGCUCAGUCCUGGAACAGAUUUUCAUUUGAAAUUGAGACCAGAGCCCAAGAAAAUGCAGAAGCCAGCACCAACAUCGACUUCAGCAGAGGAGCUAGCAGGGCUACCUUCAGCGAUAGUGCUAGUAUUAGCUUCAGUGGUGCGCCCAGCCCCGGUGGUGGAUUUGGUGGCAGAGCUGGCAUAAGCUUUGGUGGCACACCCAGGACCAGUGCCAGCUUCAGCAGUAUAGCCAGCAUUUGCUUUAGUGGCAUACCCAGCACUAGCACUAGUUUUAGUGGUGCAGCCAGCAUUAGCUUCAGUGGUGCAGCUAGCACCAGCUCUAGUUUCAACAGUGAAGCCUGCAUUAGCUUUGAUGGCACACCUUGUACCAGUGCCGGCUUUGGUGGUGGGGUCAGCUCCAGUUUCAGUGUCCCACUUAGCAGUAGUUCCAGUUUCAGUGGUGGAGCCAGCUCUGGCUUUGGAGGCACACUCAGCACCACUGCUGGCUUCAGUGGUACACUCAUUACGAGUAGCAGCUUUGGCAGUAUACCCAGAACCAGCACAGUCUUUAGUGGUGCACUUAGCACCAGCGCUGGAUUUGGUGGCACACUGAGCACUAGUGUCUGCUUUGGUGGCUCUCCCAGCUCUGGUGCAAGCUUUGGUGGCACACUUAAUACCAGUAUCUGCUUUGGCAGCUCUCCUAGCACCACCACUGGUUUUGAUGGAAUGCUCAGCACCAGUGUCUCCUUUGGUGGCUCUUCCAGCACCAGCACUGACUUUGGUGGUACAGUAAGCACCAGCAUCAGCUUUGGUGGCUCUCCCAGCACUGGUGCCAGCUUUGGUGGUGCAUUCAGCACUAGUGUUGGCUUUGGUGGUGCACUCAACACCAGUGCUAGUUUUAACAGUGCUGUCAGCACUAGUGCCAGCUUCAGCAGUGCACCUAGCACCAUCUCUGGCUUUGGCAGUGUGUUCAGCACCAGUGCUGACUUCAGUGGGGCACUUAGCACCACUACAGACUUUGGCAUUGCCCCCAGUACCACCAAUGGCUUUGGUGGAGUUCCCAGCACCAGCCUCUCCUUUGGCAGUGUGUCUAACACCAAUCUAUGCUUUGGUGGCCCUCCUAGCACUAGCACCUGCUUUAGUGGUGCUACCAGUGCUAGUUUUGGUGAUGGAUCCAGUACCACUGCUGGUUUCAUCUUUGGCAAUGGGUUAAGCACCAGUGCUGGAUUUAGUGGUGGACUGAGCACCAGUGCUGUCUUCGGUAGUGGACUAGGGACUAGUGCUAUCUUCGGUAAUGGACUGAGCACCAGUGCUGGCUUUGGUGGUGGACUGAUCUCAAGCAAUGGCUUUGGUGAUGGACUGGGCACCAAUGCUGGUUUUAACAGCACACUUGGCACAAGUGCUGGCUUUAGUGGUGGCCUCAGCAUCAGUGAUGGCUUUCGUGCUGGGCCUAAUAACAUCUUCAGCGGAGGACCAAGUACCAUCAUUGGCCUUGGCAGUGGUUCCAACACCAGCACUGGCUUUACUGGCGAACCCUGCACCAGCACCAGCUUCAGUGGUGGACCCAGUUCUAUCAUUGGCUUCAGCAGUGGACCAAGCACAGGUGCUGGCUUCAGCAGUGGACCAAGAAAUGGUGCUGGCUUUGGUGGUGGAGCCACCAGCCUUGGUGCCUGUAGCUUCUCCUAUGGCUAGUGAGGUUUCAGGUUUAUUUCCCAGGUUUACAGAUACAGCUAAUGAAUUACAGCAGUUCUUCCCAAGGAGCCAAUGUACAUCCUUGGAAUUUUUGUCCACACAGCAGUAUAAGCAGAUAUUAUCAAUCAGCUGAGGGUGACACGCU